CCUCUCCAGGACUCCUGGAGAGGGACAGCAACAAGUGCAUGGAGGCAACAUAGGGACUUUCAGCCUGCAGCAGCUGCAGUGAGACAGCCCGGUUCCUCAUGAGCACCCAAGGAGGAGAGCUGGAGAUGGAUGACUGCCUGGAGACAUUGAAAGAUGAGGAGGAAGCUUUGUGGGAGAACGUAGAAUGCAACCGCCACAUGCUGAGCCGCUACAUCAAUCCAGCCAAACUGACCCCAUACCUGCGGCAGUGUAAAGUAAUUGAUGAGCAAGAUGAGGAUGAAGUACUCAACUCACUUAUGCUGCCCUCCAAAAUUAACCGAGCAGGCCGACUGCUGGACAUUCUUCACACCAAGGGCCAAAGAGGCUACGUAGUUUUCUUGGAGAGCCUGGAGUUUUACUAUCCUGAACUCUACAAACUGGUGACAGGGAAAGAGCCAACACGGAGAUUUUCCACUAUUGUUGUGGAGGAGGGACAUGAAGGCCUUACCCAUUUCCUAAUGAAUGAGAUCAUUAAGCUUCAGCAGCAAGUAAAGGCAAAAGAUGUGCAGCGCUGUGAACUCUUGGCUAAGUCUCGGCAGUUGGAGGAUGAGAGAAGGCAACUAAAAUUGAACAAGAUGGAGCUGGUGACCUUCCAGGACAGAUACAACAAGAUGAAGGAGGAAAGGAACAACUACAAUGAUGAGCUGGUCAAGGUGAAGGAUGAAAACUACAAUCUGGCCAUGAGAUAUGCUCAGCUGAGUGAAGAGAAAAAUAUGGCUGUGAUGAGGAGCCGAGACCUCCAGUUAGAGAUUGACCAGCUGAAGCAUCGCUUGAACAAAGUGGAAGAGGAAUGCAAGCUGGAGAGAAACCAGUCACUGAAGCUGAAGAACGAUAUUGAAAACCGGCCCAAAAAGGAACAGGUGCUGGAGCUGGAGAGGGAGAAUGUGAUGAUGAAGACAAAAAUCCAGGAGUUACAGUCCAUUAUCCAGGCUGACAAACGGAGUUUGCCAGAUUCAGACAAAGCCAUUUUGGAUAUUCUGGAACAUGACCGUAAGGAGGCACUAGAAGAUCGUCAUGAGUUGGUCAACAAGAUAUUUAAUCUCCAAGAGGAGAUUCGUCAUGUGGAGGACUUGAGAGAUAAGCAUCGUAUGAACACUGUGAUGAUACAGCUAGAGGAGGUGGAGAAGGAGCGAGAUCAGGCGUUCCGUUCCCGUGAUGAGGCUCAGACACAGUACUCGCAGUGUCUGAUUGAAAAGGAUAAAUACAGGAAGCAGAUUCGAGAGCUGGAAGAGAGGAACGAUGAAUUCCAAAUUGAAGUGGUUCGGAAAGAAGCUUGCAUUGUUAACCUAGAGUGCAAACUCCGACGUCUCUCCAAGGACAGUAACUUUCAUGACCAGAGUUUGCCACGGAAUCUGCCAAUUACCAUUAUUUCCCAGACCUUUGGGGCUCCCAGCCCAAAAGCCAAUGGUCAGGAAGCAGACGAUUCCUCCACUUCUGAAGAGUCUCCAGAAGACAACAAAUUCUUCUUGCCUGAUCAAGCUCGACUCAAGAGAAGAGUGAACCUAAAGGGAAUCCAGAUAAAUCCAAGAGCUAAAUCUCCUGUCAGUAUGAACAAAACAUCAGAGUUUCAAGCAGUUAGAGCACACGAUGAAGACGGGGCUGAUGCCAGCAGUGGCCGCACAGAUACUAGUUCCUCUAAUCCUGUUUCCAUCAGUAACUCCAUCAGCAGCUGUGAAGUCAGCAAAAUUCAAACCUUGAGAAGUCGCAAUGACAGUAUCAUGUCCACCACGCCGGAGCCUCCAGGAAAUGACUCGAUAGUCCGACGCUGCAAGGAGGACGCUCCUCACUGCAGCCUGGCUGAAGAAGACAAUGACAGCUUUGGAUAUGAUACUUUGGAGCUAGAUGAUGACAGUCAUGACAGACACUCCCACGGAGCUCCAUCAGUGCACUCUUCCUCUUCUUCUCAUCAGUCGGAAGGCCUGGAUGCCUAUGACCUUGAGCAUGUCAGCUCCAUAUUCAGAAAGUUCUCCCUGGAAAGACCUUUUCGUCCCUCCGUCACAUCCGUUGGCCGCAUCAGAAACUCCUGCUACACCAUCCAGCGUGUCACAUUGAAUGGAGACAGCCUCAACUCGGAAAUUACCCUGGUUGGCGGGAAUGACAAAGGGAGCUUUAUUAGCUCUGUCAAGACAGGAUCACUUGCAGAGAAAGCAGGUCUUCGAGAGGGACACCAGCUCCUUCUGUUCGAGGGCUGCAUCAAAGGGGAAAAUCAGAGUGUUCCCUUGGAUACUUGCACAAAGGAAGAAGUUCACUGGACAAUUCAGAGGUGCAGUGGUCCAGUCACACUCCAGUAUAAAUCAAAUCAUGAAGGUUACCGGAAACUGCUGUCAGAACUGGAAGAAGGGCUUAUCACAUCAGGGGACUCGUUUCAUAUCCGCCUGAAUCUGAACAUCUCCAGCCAGCAGGACUGCUGUUCCCUGUCGGUGAAAUGUGAUGAGAUUGUACAUAUUCUUGACACCAUGUAUCAGGGGAAGUGUGAGUGGUUGUGUGCCAGAGUUGAUCCUUUCACAGACAGGGAUCUGGAAACAGGGACCAUUCCCAGCUACAGCAGAGCCCAGCAACUUCUUUUGGUGAAGCUGCAACGGUUGAUGCACAGAGGAAGCAGGGAUGAGACAGAAAGCUCACAUAAUACGCUUCGGUCACUGCGGAACACACUGCAAACAGAGGAGCCGGCCCCACAGAAUGAUCCAAAAUCCAGCCCUCGCCUGUCCCGAGCAAGCUUUCUUUUGGGCCAAAUCUUACAGUUCGUCAGCAGGUCUGAGAACAAGUACAAGCGUAUGAACAGCAACGAGCGGGUCCGCAUCGUCACCGGCUGGCCCUCCGGUCUGGCACGAACCUCAUCUGAAGCAAAAAAGCACUUUCCUGAUAAACUGGAGGAUUUGGAUUCCGAAAGCGAAAUUAAUAAGAGCGUCAGUCUGAUCCCCUAUAGCUUGGUGAGACCAAUCCACUGUGAGCGCAGGCGCCCCGUGCUCUUCACCCCCUCCAUGCUGGCCAAGACCUUGGUCCAGAAGCUCCUCAACUCUGGAGGUGCCCUGGAAUUCAACAUGUGCAAACCAGAUAUUGUAACAAAGGAAGAGUUCUUACGGAAGCAAAGGACAGAGACUAUCAUCUUCAGCCGAGAAAAGAAUCUGAACACGUAUGAAUGUAUUGUACCUGCCAAUAUCGAGGCUGUCACUGCCAAGAAUAAGCAUUGUCUGCUGGAAGCUGGAAUAAGCUGCACAAAGGAUUUAAUCAAAGCCAAGAUAUAUCCUAUUGUUCUCUUUAUCAGAGUCUCGGAGAAAAACAUCAAGAGGUUCAGGAAACUACUGCCAAAGCCAGAGACUGAGGAUGAGUUUUUACGUAUGUGCCGUCUGAAGGAGAAAGAACUGGAAGCGCUGCCUUGUCUUUAUGCCUCCAUAGAGGCAGACGCGUGGAGCAGCAUCGAGGAUCUUAUCCGAACCAUAAAAGACAAGAUUGGAGAAGAGCAGCGUAAAACCAUCUGGAUAGACGAAGAUCAGCUAUAAAGAACAAUAAAUAAAAUGGAGCUCUAUGGUUACAUAAGGACAUAGCAACGCGGAGCGGAGCCUUUCAGAAUCCUCGGAGCCGGCGCUGGGCGCUCCCGAUUCACCCUCGCUGGCUGGGAACUCUCCAUGCUGGCAG